AUGUCUGGUCAUACCAAUGGCGCCGCAUCGGCGCCAAACCCCGCCUCGCCUAGAGACCCGUAUGCCGAGAAGCUCGACGCCUUCCCCGAGUUGCCUGCUGCGCCGCCGCCGCCACCUACAAUCAACAUCGUCAAGAGCCCCAGCGACGCGCCCGACGCCGGACUGAGGAGCCUGGAUCACUAUAAGAGGGCGCUGCCGACAUGGCGAUACCGACUGCGCCAGUGGAUGCUGCCGCUGAUCCGAUGGGAGACGCCGUACUUGGCUUACUUGCAAGAGACGAUGCGCACGCCUUGGCUCGAUAGUUAUUUUGCGAUCACUGCGAACCUCGGUACCCAUACCUUCUUCAUGAUCGGCCUGCCCAUGCUCUUCUGGUGCGGCUACGCCUCCUUCGGCAAAGGUGUUAUUCACAUUCUCGCCGAGGGCGUCUUCUUCACCGGUUUCAUCAAGGAUCUGUUCUCUCUCCCGCGACCUCUGUCCCCGCCCUUACAUCGAAUCACCAUGUCCGGUUCCGCUGCUCUAGAAUAUGGAUUCCCUUCGACGCACAGCGCAAAUGCUGUGUCCGUGGCUGUAUAUGGAAUUCUGGUGCUUCGAAGCCCUGAUACAGUGCUACCAGACACAACCAAGAACCUCCUCGAAGGCUUGUCGUACUUUUACGCGAUCUCCAUCGUCUUCGGUCGUCUGUACUGCGGCAUGCAUGGAUUCACCGACGUCGUUGUGGGAUCCGUCCUGGGCGCCGCCAUUUCUCUGGUUGAGUUCCACUACGGCCCGGCUUUGGAUGCGUAUAUGCACAGCAGCUCCUGGUGGGCACCCGCCAUUGCUGCUCUGAUCAUCAUUGCGCUCGUCAGAAUACACCCCGAGCCAGCGGACGACUGUCCCUGCUUCGACGACAGUGUGGCCUUUGCCGGUGUCGUGAUUGGCCUGGAAAUCGGAACCUGGAUGUACGGCCGUACCUCGCUGGACUCGUUUGGGGGUAAUGCUCACAGCGUCCAAUCCAUUGACCUCAAUGCUCUGGGCUGGCACGUCGUCCUCGCUCGGGUCAUCUUUGGUGUACUAGUCAUUUUCGUCUGGCGAGAGGUCAUGAAACCUACGUUGCUCAAGGGCCUGCCACACAUCUUCCGUCUCCUGGAAAAGGUUGACAUGAAUCUUCCCAGACGAUUCUUCACCCCUGCGUCCAAGUACGAGACUGUCGACCCAGGAUCUCGUAUGGAUACCCUCAUCCCCUCAGUCAGGGACUUUCCCCGUGUUGUCCAGUCCAUCCGUCACCCGACCACGCGCGGUCGGUCCGUAUCAAUCGGUCCGCAGAGUGCUGCUGACGCCUACGAGACGCUCGCCUACCGCGAGCGUAGGCGGCGGGAGAGCAUCGGCAGCAAUGGUAGUGUUAAAAGCAAGGGUAGCAUGUUCGAGCUUCGGGAGAAAAACGGGGACUGGGAGGGGAAGGGAGCCGCUUCGGGCGUGCAGGGCCACAAUACGCUCAACGACUUUGAGCGGAUGAUGGGCACUGGCAGCGUGUUGGCGAGUCCAAACGAGGAGAAGGAAGGGAUGGAUUUGGCGGUCGGCCAGCAGGACGAGCUCAGCGAGAAGGAAAUGUUCUUGCGUCUUAUCCGGCCUCGAGUGCGUUACGAUGUCGAGGUCGUAACAAAAUUGGUGGUUUACACAGGUAUCGCGUGGCUGGGCGUUGGCCUGAUCCCCAUCAUGUUCGAGUUGGUCGGCAUGGGAUCUGCCCAUCUUCGCAAUCCGUAA